UUACGAUUUCCAAAUCCAAAAUCCAAAGUCCAAACCAAAACACAUAGGCCAAGCCCAGAAAAUUGUCACCGAAUACGACCCACACCCGUAUUAGUCAAAAUGAAAAAAAGGAGAGCAGAGUUGUUGAUCGGAUUUGGGAGCGAAAAUGUGGAGCCGGAAAUCAGCUCUGAUCGGAUUAUUGGUCUUGUUUUGUUUGCACACUACAUUCUUUACCAGCGCCAUAGCUUCGUCUCAGGAAUCUCUACUCGGAUCCGCCCGCGUCGUUUUUCAGACCAAUUUUGGGGAGAUUGAGUUCGGGUUCUUCCCCAGCGUGGCACCCAAAACCGUUGACCACAUUUUCAAGCUGGUUCGUCUCGGAUGCUAUAACACCAACCACUUCUUUAGGGUCGACAAGGGCUUCGUGGCCCAAGUCGCCGAUGUUGUCGGUGGAAGAUUGGCCCCUAUGAAUGAGGAGCAAAGACAAGAAGCUGAGAAGACUGUGGUCGGUGAGUUCAGUGAUGUGAAACAUGUUCGAGGCAUUCUAUCUAUGGGAAGAUAUGAAGAUCCAAAUAGUGCGGCGUCCUCAUUUUCGAUGCUUCUCGGAGAUGCGCCUCAUCUCGAUCGUCAGUACGCAAUAUUUGGUAAAGUGACUAAAGGUGAUGAGACCUUGAGAAAGCUUGAGGAACUCCCUACUCGUCGCGAGGGGAUUUUUGUGAUGCCGACCGAACGUAUAACAAUUCUGUCAUCAUACUACUAUGAUACUGAGAUGGAGAAUUGUGAACAUGAGAGGUCAAUACUGAAGCGGAGACUUACUGCAUCUGCUAUUGAAAUUGAAAGACAGAGAAUGAAAUGCUUCCCAUGAAAUAGAAGGCAAUAUAAGCAUAACAAAAUGAUUUGGGUCGCCGCCACUGACCCAGAUAUCCAUGGUAUUAUCGUCUCCGAAGAAGCUUAGAAACGGCGAGGAAAAGUUUAGAGAUUGAUCAGUUUGCAUGAAAAGAAAAAAGCUUACUCAGCAGUAUUUAUGUUGUUGAUUUGAUAGGUUUAUGUACAAGAUGAGAGAAAGGCAACAAGCCAACAACUAGAGCUUGCUCCUAUUUUGCUACUGUACUGUCUUCCCCUGUAAAUUUAGCCGAUGAUAGCUGCCAGACAGCAGAAAGUUUUUCCUCUUCCAAGUAUAUGACCACUUAAUGUAUCG